CUCCCGUCUUCUGCUCGGACGAGUCGCAUCCUCUGUCUUCUCCCUGCUGUGUAAGCAGCAAAUGACUUCGAAGGGCAAGACCUCCGGCAGCAGAUAUAACUAUUCGUCUAGAAGUCACCAGAGUACCUCUCACUCCGGCAAAAUCCAAUCUUUCAAAAUACCCAAACUCCCCGCACGAAACCCAGCACAAGAAAAAAGAGAAAGCUCUGUGGGCCCAGCCAACCGUGUGGUGAAAAAGUACGAAAAGCAGAGGUCCUCUUUCAUCUUACCACCGGGCGUUGAGAGCCAAAGGCUACUGAACCUGAAAAAACAAUUAAAAGUAACAUCAGCCGCAGCCCUAAAAAAACAAAGAGCCAUGGCCGCAGAAAGAUCCCGCGCUCCUAAGCAAGACUCAGAGUCUGAACUCGAGGAACAGGAGGUGUCCGACGUCGAGUAUGUGAUGGAAGAAAAUGCACGCUCUAGGUCGGAAACCCAAAAGACCAAACGCAGAAUCAGCUCUACCUCUCAAAGCCCUGAGCCACAGCCCAAGACCCGUAACCGGUCCACCUCAGAAUCCAGUUCACGCUCGUCAACCUCUAAGCCCAGGGUCCGCAAGAGAAGCAUUUCUCCCAAGCCCAGGUCUCGCUCUCCCAAGUCCACCAAGAGGCGUGCGAGGAAGAGCAGGUCACGCUCCGCUGUCCGCAGACCUGCCCCCUCCACCCAAGCCAGAGUGUCUAAAAAGCACACCAGGUCCAAGAGCAUGGAAAGGGCGUACGAACGCAACACUGAGAGAAGCAGGAGCUCAUAUUCGGAGGAGGAGAGAGAAAGAUCCCCCCCUCCUGUUAAAAAGACUUUGAAACUUAAACACACCUCGCCCGAGUCUAGGAUGAUACAGGAAAUCAAUGCUUUAGGAGAGGUCGCCUGCAAGAUGAUGGAAAGCCUAAAGACGGAAGGCAAUCAAGCAGUCAGGAUGAAAGAUUUUGAAAAUGACAUUAAAGUAUUUUACAACAUUGCCUACCCGGACAAGAAUCUAAUACCCCUCAACCUUAAUUACCCAGACCUCUUUAAACUGCUGGUGGAACAGUACAAAAAAGAAAAAGAAGAACUGAAGCAGUUUGAAGAAGCCUGCAAGCUUUUCCACAAGUCCUACGCCACGCAGCCUAAGGAGCAACCCACGCACUCCGACCUGCUGAAAACCAUUAAGGCGGCCACUGUCAAAAGAUUCCAAAAAGCUAAGGCCUCCGAAACAGAUUACAAACAAGGACAUGCCACUUACACGGCUACCGCAGCCCCAGGCACCUCAGUCUCCACUUCUCACCAGGUGCAAGGCUCCAGGCCCACAACCUCCAGCCUCUGUUCCACAGGCGAAGAGACAGAGCACGAGACGGCAGCAAACUUCUUAGACCUGAGAGACGAUAAGGAAAAACCCGUCAAAAAGAGCAAAAGCAAGCUCUCAUGGGACAACCUGGUGUUGCCAACUGUUUCUGUAUUGCAGAAACAAAGACUGGAACUUCAGCGUCUUGAUCGAAGUUGCCGCGUUGAGGAAGACGUGCGUGGUAUAGGCGCCAGUAUGUCAUACAAUCUGCCAUCCCUGUCACGUAACACUUUCGUUGCCAAUACGGUUUCGGCUCCAAAGUCCCGCACGGUCUUCUUUCUUACUUUUGCAAAACAAGAACUCCUGACCGAAAACCACCAGCUAUGCCUGAACGAAGCCUUGGUUUUCAAACAGCACCUCUUUGAACUCUUUCUCUUUCUGACAAAGUAUACGGGGGGCGGCAUCUAUCAGAUUAUGCUAGAGCCGGUGGUUCUCCAGGACCAAGAAGAAAAACUGAACCCCCACCUCACAUAUGAAAUGUCGACUGGAGUGCUGUUUCUUUUUGUACUGCCCAGAUGCAAGAGUUUGGAAACACUCCCUUUCGACGUCCAGCUGUUCAACGCCAAGCAGCAGAAGGUGAUAGCGGGGGCUAAAAAGUCCAAUCUUCCCCACGUGCAGAACGCGGCCGACAAAGCGGAAAAGGCUAUGAACUCAAGCGCCAUGGAAAACAACACAAUAGAGUACAGGCUGAACGAAGAUCAGACGUUGGGCAACGCUAAACACACGCUAGUCAAGGCCAUCAAGAAGCUGAUAUGCCACAACAUGGGCCUAAUCACUAUGAAAGACUUGAUGCUCAAAGGCUCAGGCGAGACCCUGUUCCCCCACAUAAACUUUGCCACCAAUUAUUUCAAGCACACGGGGGCCUCGGCCUUACCCAAGAAAAUCUCUUUCAGGCAAUCCGCCCAGCAGAACUUUUCCUUUCCUAAAAACUUUGGCGUCCGGUACAUCACAGAGAUAGCCUGGCGUUACUUCAUCUACAGAGACGCAUGCCUGGCCAAAGAGUCCGCUACCAUCAACGACUGCAACAUGAACGACGAUCCUCUGCCCGGCACCUGCGAACUCUGCCUGGCCCGCACGCUGUGGAGGUUUCACGUCUCUAACAUGAACGGCUGUCCGAUCCUCCAGUCUUUCAGGCGCUCUACGGCCGAGGGCGCUCUGACUCGGCUCCUAGAUGGGCUGGCUGACUGCGAACCCGACAGCACGGCUUUUAAACUGCAAGGGAGCAGUGAAAUUAUGAUCUUCAAGCUCGAGACCAUGGAACUGUUCCCUUCCCAGUACCGCAAUGUAGAGCUGCCGUGCUUACGUCCCUUUACAGACGACUGAAAGGAUAUGAGCCAUUGUGACUCCAUUUUGUAUUGAGUAUCCAUCUUAGAUUCAUCUUGUCAAGACAUUAUUUCUAUUUCUCUGUUCCAGCCUGUUCUAAGUAACCGUUUGUUUAUAGAACAUAGCUUGUUAUUUGACCUUUAACGCUUAUCCUAUGUUUUGGAGUUUAUAGACAGAGUUCUGUGUUAAAGACGCAUUUCAGUGUAUUGUUAUGAGAACAUGUAUGCUGAUAAACUUGUUGUUGCGCUAAGACCAUAUUAGCACUUCCACCGAAUGUAUGACCAGGUUAACCUUUAUGUUUUGUAAUCGCUUUGUAGAAACAUUAUAAAAGCCAUGAAUAAAGAUAUAUCAUUAGAUCAUUUCCCUGAA